AUGAAAACUGAUCUUGACCUUGGUUGCGUUUCCUUAAAGAAGCGGGACUUCACCAAAACGUCGUUCGAAUGUCCUGGAUCACACAAAUGGCGGCGCAAAGUUUCUGCUACUAAAACCAACCCAAUUUCUACUUCAAAUAUUAAGAAAACGAACCAAUUCCCAACAAUGAAAAACAGAGGUAUUGAGAAAAAUAUUGCUAGUAGUUUUAAACGCAAAAUGAUUAUGCUUUCUGAUAAUAAUAAUUUGAAUAAAACACCAUCAAAGGGAAAUGAAUAUGGAAGAGAGCGAGUGAGGGUUUUGACAACGCUUUCAAUGUUCAGAGCCAAAUGCAAGGAAAUAUCCAGAAAACAUGGAGUAAACAGAGUUGAUUUCGAAGCUAAAGAAGAGUUAACAAAACAGGGGAAAAUCCACAUUUGUUCAAGCAAAAUCAUAGGGUCUGUACCAGGUGUUGAGGUCGGGGACCGAUUCGAGUACCGAGUUGAACUCACCAUUGUUGGACUUCAUGGCAAGACUCAACAUGGGAUUGAUUUCAUGGAGUUUAAAGGGAAAUCUCUUGUUACUUGUGUAGUGGCAAAAGAAGGGUAUUUGGAUAACAUGAAUGAUUCAGAGGUGAUUACUUAUUCAGGGGAAGGUGGAUUAGUUAGGAAUAAAGAGGGAGUUUGUCCUAAAGAUCAGAAGCUUGUUAGAGGUAAUUUAGCUAUGAAGAAUAGUAUGAUUGAAAAGAACUAUGUUCGUGUUGUUAGGGGGUUUAAGCUUGGAGGUAAGUUUGGCUAUGAGAGGUAUGAUCAAACUAGUUAUUUUUAUGAUGGGUUGUACAAAGUUUUGAGUUAUGAGGUGAAGAAAGGGCCUUGUAAGAAUUUGAUUUUCGAGUUUAAGCUUAAGAGGUGUCCUGGACAGCCUAUUGUUCCUUGGUACAAGUUCAAAAUUGUUUGA